CCAACUGGGAGUGUGUCAACCUUCGAAAUUUUUCUCAAAAAUUAAAAAAUAAUUAAUGUUUAGACUAUAACAAUUAUUUUAAAUUGUUUUUGAUGAUAAUUUUGUUGUCUUAUUGCGUAUUACCACUAUCUUGGAACGUAUUUUUUAUGGAUUGCCUAAGUCUGUCAAAAUGCAUGACAUGCAUUUUGUGGUGUUAGUGAAAAAUUUGUAUGCGUCACACCUACGAUGCUUGAAGCAAAAUCACCAUUUGUUUUUAUUUUUCUCGUGCUUGACGUUCAACUUACUUUGACGUGUGUGCGGUUGAGAGAUCAUGCAUAUUCUUUCUCAUUUGUGACGCUUGGGUGUAUAGAGAUGUCGGAUACGGAGAAAAAACAUAUUAUUGAGUUAUUGGAAGUUUACCGGUCGUUGCCAGCACUUUGGGAUGUUAAAUCUGAAGAAUAUAGCAAGCGGGCUAUUAAAGAAAAUCAAUAUGAAGUUUUGAUGUCGAAAUACCGUGAACAAUACCCAAAUGCCGAGAAGAAAGACUUGACAAGAAAAAUAAAUACGUUGCGUACUAAUUAUAGACGCGAAUUAAAGCGAAAAAAGGAUUUGGAGAAAAGUGGAACAGGUGGAGCAUUUAAAACUUCUCUCUACUACUUCGAUGCAUUGAGAUUUUUAGAUGAAAUUGAUGAAAUUGAAACCCCAAGGAAAUUUAGUAAACCCCGAUCAUUUCGACCUGGCAAAGGAUCUGUACCAAAGAAAAAGAAGACUUCUGCCACCAACGAGCUAGUUAUCCUUGCAACAAAACGUUUGAAAAAAGCAGAAGUUUCCAAUCAUAGCAUUGCGAGUGUAUGGGCAGAGAAGCUUUCGAAAAUUGACCACAUUCAGCGAAUUUUUGCCGAAAAAUUAAUAAACGACGUUAUUUUCCAUGGCGAGUUGGGUCUUCUAAAUUUUAAUACUGGGUUAACCAAUACAAUUGCCUUUUCGGACGAAAGCCGUUCUUCAACUCCUCCAAUCAAAAGUUACGAGGAAGAAGAUAGUUUGUAAUCAUAAAUAAAUAAAGAUGUAAAUAAAUAAUAUACAAACAAA